AUUGGUAUUCGCACGCCGUUGGCCGUGUGUAGUUUAGAUUUGACUAUAGCAACGUCCAAACUUUUGUCACUUGUCAGGCGGUGUAAAUAGUAUGUUUGGUAUAGAGAAUCAUCGACGGUCAAGGAAAGGGUCUGGGAAGAAUAUAUACCUAAUCAAAGGAAUAUCAUUUUGGUAACCGUCGGAAUACGCAUCAUCGGACUGACAAUCGAGUUGGUUAAGAAAAUCCAAACUUAUUGAGGUCAAGUCAAAAAGUUACAGUGAUUACCAUAGCGAGGAGGUCGAAUUAUCUCUUGGACGAUAGUUAACCUAACCCAACCUGCUCCAGAAGAACGAACAAAUGGCUUUGACGAAUAUUCUAUUGCUCAGCCAGAUAGCCGGAUACGUCGUGGCCUUGAUUUUGUCUCUAUGCAUAAUCGUGCCCAUGAGCCUUCAUCAAAAUGAAUUUCGCGGGCACUGCCUUCUAUUUUCUACAGGAGUAUGGCAGGAGAACGACGGCCAGUUUAUGGCUAAUUGGGCUUCGCAGGCCUAUUGUAACUACACGAUACUUGUCGGUCUGAUUCUAUUCUUAACGUGCGUUGUCCAAAUAUAUCGCCUAUCCAUGCUGAUGUACCGUGGUGAGGAUAGUUCUUUUCUCUCAGCAUUUGUGGAUGUAGUUUGCUCGAUACUUUUGACGACGUUCACCCUCAUCGCCGCUGUUAUUAUCACAUUGGGAUUCAUGACAUGGUGUCAAUGUAUGACUAAGAGAUUUCUAUCGUGCGAGCUUGCAGCAGGUAACGAUAUCGACAAAGCGGAUGGAAUUAACACUACUGGCUUCCACAUAGAAUUGGGUGCUGCUCAAUUCGGGGCUUGGAGCAGCUUGUCCAUUUGGGUAGGCCUCUCGGUAUUUGCUGUUUUAAAGCUAUUGAGGUAUCACCAGUUGGAAAAUAUGAAAGUAUCCAUGUACAGAGAGAGGCAGAGAUUAAUCCAAGCUGGUGAUAGGUCUUCCCAACUGACGCACAGUUAGGUUUGAAGUGAAAAAAAGGUUCAUGGUUUGGGAUGCCAAUGAUAAAAUUAUGCUUUAGAGGUAUUUAUUAAUAGUCAAAUGUACCUAUAAUUCAAUCAUUUAUCCCAACAUAU